CUCGACCACAACACCCAUGCCGUCUCUCGCGAUCCCGUCGCUUGCCAAUGUCUGCGCCCUCAACGACUGGGACAUAUCAUCAAGUCUCUAUGAACCCGGGCAAUGCAGGCGCUUUGGCACGGUCGAAUUUAUGGCUGUCAGUCAUCUUACCGCUCGAGCGAGCCGUCUUACCGCCCGAGCGCGCAGUCACCCCAGCACAAUCCACCACCUAUACCGCCACGAUCUCGAAGCCCUGAUCUGGGUCCUCGUUUGGACGAUCUCCUGCUAUGCAGAUGGAGAGAAGAUUCACGCCUACCCUCCUAUGUUCAGUGAAUGGGAUGCAAACAAGCCGACUCUGUGCGGUAUCACGAAGGGCGCUUUCUUGUUCAGCGGCACUCGUGUCACCCCCACCGCUGUAUCAUGGGAAGCGGAGGUCAGAUUGGCAGAUUAUUUCCUCAUCCAUCUGGUAGAGAUAUGUGCGGCUGCGUCCAUUCGCGCCCGAUUAGCGCAGGCCGUAUCGCUCACUGGCAUGGCUGAGCCUGGCAGUGGCGAGGUGCCAUGUGAGGCCGAUGAGCCCGGGCAGAUUUGGGCCAAAGUAUGGUCGAAUAUACACCGAUUUGAGAAGUUGCGCUAUAUCUUACCGUACAUCCCCAAGGUUUUGCCCGCUAUGCCGUAGCACCAUUUGUCCUCUCAACCGCACAUCUCAUACCGACGCGUAGGCUCUGCCUCCACAUCUCUCUUUUGCUAUCGGUAUCGUGACGGGCAAGUUCGUCUGUCAACCCUUCUCUAGGCAUAGCAAUUAUUUGCAUGCCCCGCUACGACUUUGAGGCCUCGAUUUGGAUGCUAGUAUGAGCAUAUUCAUAUGUAUAUUCCGAGGAGAACGACAACUUACAAUGCGGAUGCAGCAGAGUCUAGUUCGUCGACUGGACACACACGGAUCCGCACCCCAAGCAUACGCCGUCAGCUCUCUUCCUGCUUGACGGAAGCAUCAGUUCGCGACGACGUGUACUCCUCUGCCUUGACCGAGUCGUCCUCUGCAUUGACCGAGUCGUCUACUUCCUUGAGCGAGUCGUCUUCUUCCUUUAGAAAGGCGCCUCUCGACGAGGAGUUGACGCAGACAGUGG